AUGACAAAUAUUUUACUUGACGAGGGAGCACAGAAUUCAUUCAUAACUGAAGAUUUAGCUAGAAAAUUAGAAAUUGAGUCCACCGAAAAGAUUGCACUGAAAAUAUCUGGAUUUGGAGGAAACGAAGGACAAGUUCGUCAUCUUGAUAAAGCAAACAUAGCUAUUGAAACAGUUGACAAUCAAAGAAUAGAAAUUGAAGUAAUAAUUGUACCGAAAAUUGCCGCUCCUAUUCAGACAAAAUCACAAAAGGAAAUCAAAGCACUGCCAUACUUACGUGGUUUACGACUCGCACAUCCGAUAUGCGCAGAAGACAAGUUUAACAUAUCUUUAUUGAUUGGCGCAGACUAUUACUGGUCAAUAGUUGAAGAUGAAAUAAUAAGAGGAAAUGGACCGACCGCAGUUAAGUCGAAAAUUGGUUACCUCUUGUCGGGACCCGUACUUACUAAGAACGGAAGUACUUCAAAACAGUCAGCAAUGCUGAAUAUUUUGACUGAUCACAGAGCCGUUGUUUGCGACUUGGAAAAGUUUUGGAACUUAGAAGCGUUGGGGGUUUCAGGAAGCGAUACCAUUAAAAGUCAGUCUGAAGUUGUACGAGAAUACGGAGAAAAGUCUAUAAUACUAGAAAAUGGAAAGUACACAGCUAAGUUACCAUGGAAACCAGAUUUCCUUCCGCUGCCGCAUAACUUGGAAUUGGUUAAACAGAGGACAGGAAGCGUUAUUAGACGUCUAGCAAACAAACCUGAUUUAUUAAAAAUAUAUGGAGAUAUCAUAAUGGAGCAGGAGAGAAGACAUUUUAUUGAAAAGGUUGAGGAAACAAAACUUCCUACCGAUCGACCCGUGCACUAUAUCCCGCAUCAUCCUGUUUCAAAGGAAUCAUCUACUACGCCAAUACGCAUUGUUUAUGAUUGUAGCUGCAAAGAUGGAAGAGAUAAUCCAAGUCUAAAUGAAUGCUUAGAAUCACACCCACCUGUUAUGAAUGACAUUACGGGAAUACUUAUGAGAUUUCGCGCUAAGAAAUAUGCUACAACAUCAGAUUUAGAAAAGGCAUUUCUACAAAUACAGCUCGACGAGAAAGACCGAGAUGCAACGAGGUUCUUAUGGCUUAGCGAUCCUACAAACACAUCAAGUCCGCUAAUAACAUAUCGAUUCAAGUCCGUACUCUUCGGAGCUACAUGUUCGCCAUUCAUUUUGAGCGCCACACUUCUCAAGCACUUUAAAGAAAAUCCGGGAAAACUUUCAGAUACACUUGAAAAUGGGUUAUAUGUGGACAACAUUUUAACUAGCUUUGAUAACGAAAAUGACGUAAUAGAUUAUUACAGGAGAUCGAGAGAAUUACUUACGAAAGGCGGAUUCAACCUACGCUCAUGGAAUUCAAACAGUCCAAAAUUACAAGAAAUCGCUAGCAAAGAAAAAACCUUAGACAAAGAUGAGCUUACUAAAAUUCUUGGUAUGCAAUGGAACGCUAAAUCGGACAAGCUGUUUUAUCAAAGUAACACGUUCGAGAUGGACAAAAAAGGAAAACUGACUAAAAGAUAUAUUUUACGGCAAUCAUCCAAGAUUUUCGAUCCGUUAGGAUUAUUAAGCCCAGUUACUGUAAAAGCGAAAAUCUUUAUGCAAUCACUUUGGAAGCUAAACUUGGAGUGGGACGAAAUAUUACCGGAAGAUAUCCAAUCAAAAUGGAUAUUAAUUUCACGAGAUCUAGCAACGAGCUUAGAAACAGAGAUUCAUCGAAGUACUCAAACACAGAAAGAGAAUAACAGAAAUUUACCAACUCUUCAUGUAUUUACCGAUGCUUCAACUCAUGCGUACGGCGCAUGCGCGUACAUCUUGUAUGACAGAAAACCAACAAUAGUAAUGGCAAAGAAUCGAGUUGCGCCUAUCAAGACUAUAACUUUACCAAAACUAGAGCUUAUGGGGGCUGUAAUUGGAGCAAGACUUGCUGAUCAUGUCUGCAAAAACUUUCCAGAAACUUUCAGUGAAAUACAAUUUUGGAGUGAUAGUCAAAUCGUACUAAGUUGGCUUACAUCCGUAAAACCACAGAGACAAUUUAUCAGAAAUAGAAUUGAAGAAAUUAAAAGUUUGUGUGGAGAUAAUGUAUGGAGAUACUGCCCUACAAAAGACAACCCCGCAGAUCUGCUUACACGUGGUAUAACAUCUGAAGAACUGCAACAGAAUGAAAUGUGGUUUAGUGGACCUAAAUGGUUAAACAGCAAAGAAGAUUGGCCGACAUGGAACGGAAACAACGUAACGUCUAGUGUAUGUACAACUAUGUCGGAGAACGAUGACAAAAUUGAAACUAUGGAGAAUAAUCAAAAUGUACGUAUUGGUAUAGGAGAAAUCAUAGAUAUCGAACGGUACAAUUCUUAUAGAAAACUAACCCACAUUACCGCAUAUGUAAUGAGAUUCGCAACAAACUGCAAAGCAACAGAAACUGAACGAAAGAAAGAUUUGUUACGUAGUGAUGAAAUUAAAAAUGCAAAAUUCCUAUGGAUAAGAUAUACACAAGGUAAAAUAUUUAGUGACGAAAUAAAUUGUAUAGAUAAUUCUACAAAACGUAAAACACUUGUGCGACAAUUAAAGCUCUUUCUAGACGAAAAGCAAUGUUUACGAUGUGGUGGCCGCCGAAUAGACAAUGCGACAGUAGGAGAAACAGUCAAGUUUCCAUAUCUGUUACCGGCAAAGGACCGUCUCACACAUUUGAUAGUGUUAGAAGCACAUGAGAACACACAACAUUCAGGAAUAAAUAUCACUCUAGCAUACAUACAACAAACAUUUUGGAUUCCGAAAUUAAGACAGUGCGUGAAAUCUAUAUUGUCGAAAUGUGUAACGUGCCGAAAAGUAAUCGGAAAAUCUUAUCCCGCACCAGAAAUUCCACCAUUACCAAAAGAGAGAGUUCAAGAUGCCACACCCUUUAGCAUCACCGGUGUAGACUUCACAGGUGCGUUAACGACAAGAAACAGACACAACGAAGAAUCGAAGGUUUACAUUUGCCUAUUUACAUGUGCUGUCACUCGAGCAGUACAUUUGGAAUUAGUUUACGAUCUCAGCGAAGAAUCUUUUUUAUUGUGUUUCCGGAGAUUUGUAAGUCGACGAUCAGUGCCGAAAAUUAUGAUGUCAGAUAAUGCGUUAACAUUUAAAGCUGCUUCAAUCGAAAUUUCACGACUUUGCAAUUCUAAAAAAGUUAAAGAAAAUAUUCAGAAUUAUGGCAUUGAAUGGAAAUUCAUCCCAAAUAGAGCUCCAUGGUUCGGGGGCAUGUGGGAAAGAAUGAUUGGCUUAACAAAAACAUCACUUAAGAAAGUAUUAGGACGUGCACAUGUUAACGACGAGACUCUAAGGACCGUAUUAACAGAGAUCGAAGCCACACUCAACGAUCGACCAGUGACGUAUAUUUCAACAGAUAUCAGAGAUCCGGAGCCGCUUACACCAUCCCAUCUUAUACAUGGACGAAGAAUAACAACUUUACCCUAUGUAUCGUCUUAUAGUGCUAUUGACAAUCUAAAUGUUUGUGAAUUAACACACACAAACUUGAACAAUCAAGCGAUACGACAGAGACAAUUGAUUGAGAACUUCUGGACAAGAUGGAAAGGAGAAUACCUUACUUCAUUGCGAGAAUAUCACCAAAGAGCUGGAGUCGACGUUCGGAAGAUCAAAGAAGGCGAUGUCGUUCAGAUACACGACGAAUCAAAGCGCGUGCAUUGGAAACUUGGAGUUGUGCAGGACACUAUUAAAGGCAAGGACGGCUUAGUACGCGUCGCUAUGGUGCGUACCAAAUCAGGAAUUACAAAUCGACCCGUGACGAAACUCUACCCAUUAGAAGUCAACAGCAUGGACUGUUAUUUGAGACGAAGUGAACGAAGAAACUAA